AUGUCAUUAGCCAACGUAUUAAUCGAUGCAUAUCAUGGUCUUUUAGAUGAUAAGGAUGCCUUGACCAUAGAAUUAGGAGAAGCUGAGCAAACCAAAGAUGACUUGAUAGUUUGUGUGGUUGAUUUGAAGGAAACUAUAGAUGAUCUGGAAAAUGAGAAGAAGGUUCUAACUGAUAAAAUCACUAGUGUAGAACACGAAAGAGAUGAUCUGGUGGUAGUAGUAGUUGACUUAAAAGAAACCAUUGGGAACUUAAGUAAAGAAAAGGAUGCCUUAGUGGAGAAAGUGACUGCUGUUGAGCAGGAGAGAGAUGACCUCUUAAUAGUGAUUGUAGACUUGAGGGAAACUAUAGAGGAACUUGGAACUGAGUGUAGGACUGGAAAUUCUGAUAAAGGGAAAGAGGUAGCUAGUGAGGCACACAUUAAGCUUCAAAACGAGUUAAAUGCUGUGAGAACUAGUUUUUGUGCUGAAAUUGAGAAAAAUAGUGGUGAUCCGAGUUGCUUGAAAGCAGUUAAUGAUGAUGCUGAACUGUGGCACAGAAGACUGGGGCAUGCAAGCUUUUCUUUACUGAAUAAACUAGUUCAGAAGGACCUGGUUCGUGGUCUGCCCAAAUCAAAGUUCAUGGAGCACAAAGUUUGUGAUGCCUGCGCCAGAGGAAAGCAUGUGAAAUCUUCAUUUAAGCCAAAGAAGGAUAAAAUUCAAGUGAAGAUGGAUUCAAAAGUAGCAUGCAUAAGAUCAGAUCAUGGGACAGAAUUUGACAAUGCCAAGUUUGAUGAUUUUUGCAAAGAGAAUGGCAUUACCCAUAACUUCUUCGCUCCCAGAACUCCACAGCAAAAUGGAGUUGUGGAAAGGAAGAAUAGAAAUCUUAAAGAAAUGGCCAGGACAAUGCUGAUCGAUAGUGGAAUUGCGAAGAACUUCUAG